AUGACCCCAAUGCUGGGAUGCCCUAAAUCUGUGGAAAAGCGAGGGCUGUCGCAUCAAGAGCGGGUGUGGCCAAAGAGGCGAACUCAAAAGCUGAAGAUCGGGACGAUUAAUGUAGGAACUAUGACUGGCCGAGGAAGAGCAUUGACGGGGUUGAUGCGGAGAAGGAAAGUGGACAUUAUGUGUGUGCAGGAAACUAGAUGGAGUGGCAAGAAGUCGAAAGAGUUGGGAGACGGAUACAAAUUAAUCUAUGGAAGUGUUGCUGAAGACGAAAGAUGUGUUAUCGGUGGAGACGUAAAUGGACAUGUUGGAAGAGGAUCCGAUGUUAUCAGCCGAGUGCAAGGAGGGAUGUGUUAUGGCGAGGGAUAUGAGGAUGGAGAACAUGUUAUUGAUUUUACCAUCUCUAACGAUAUGGUUAUCAGUAACACUAUUUUUACGAAACGACAAGAACAUCUUAUCACGUACAAGUGUGGCGGAAGAGCUAGCCAAAUAGACUACCUCUUGUAUCGUAGGAGAAAUAUGGAUGAGAUAAUAAACUGUAAGGUAGUACCAGGUGAUCACGUGACCAACCAACACAGACUGGUCGUGAUGGAUUUGAACAUCAAGGUAUCCCGAGUGCAUAGCACACCGAAACCUAAAUCUAAACUCCUGGUGGAAUGA